AUGAUUACAAGGAUGGAGAGAAUGGAGUUAGCAUCCCCAAAAGGAAAGGCAAAAGUGAUAGGGACAUUGAUGGGAAUAGGUGGUGCUAUGCUUCUCACUUUCUACAAAGGGGUAGAAGUUAACAUCUGGUCAACAAAUGUUAACCUUUUGCAGCAUGGUCAGUCUCAUUUGGCUUCAUCUCAUGAUCAUAGGCGUGGCUUGGGGUUUUUCAUGGCGUUAUGCAAUUGCUUGUCCUAUGCUUCGUGGUUGAUAAUUCAGGGGGCAUGCAUGAAUCCUCCACAUCCAUCCGGGUUCAAAAUUGAAGCCAAAUCUUAA